AUGGCCCGCUCAUCGUCUUCUCGAGCCCGCCUCCGCGAGCUUGUCCCGCGCCUCAAAGUGGGAGCCUGGCCCACCGGCCCGAAGAACGGCAUCACAGACGUCGCUGGAGUGCUGGUCCACACACAAUCUAUCCACAACUCUGAUGGCUCUGUCAAUACUGGCGUGACUACCAUUCUUCCUCGUAAAGAUUGGUUCAACAAUGCAUGUUACGCCGGCGUGUUCCGUUACAAUGGUAGCGGAGAAAUGACAGGCAGCCAUUGGAUCGAAGAGACGGGUCUCCUCCACAGUCCCAUCAUCCUGACGAACAGCUUUGCCGUUGGCAACUGCUAUACCGGCAUCUACCAAUAUGCCAUCGAGAAGCACGGUGCGGCCGAUGGAAGUGUAGACUGGUUUCUACUGCCCGUGGUAGGAGAAACAUUUGACGGCUUUCUCAACGACUUGACCAAGUUUGCUGUGACACCACAACACGUCGUCGAUGGUAUCAAGGCAGCCUCUUCCGACCCGGUCCCUGAGGGCAACACCGGCGGUGGAACAGGAAUGCUGUGUCAGGGGUUCAAGGGCGGCACUGGAACCUCAAGCAGAGUGGUGCCGGGCUAUGACAGCAAAGGGAACGACAAGAGCUACACCGUCGCAGCGCUGGUCCAGGCAAACUACGGACGAAUGCAGCAUCUUCACAUUACGGGAGUUCCUGUGGGAAGGAUCCUCGCUGCGGAAGCUGAAAAGAACAAGGAGGCAGCCAAGGCAAAAGCGGAAUACGACGCCGCCAAGGAUCAACGCGACGGAAGCAUCAUCAUCAUCCUCGCCACAGAUGCUCCGUUGAGCCCGAUCCAGCUGCAGCGUCUGGCCAAACGCGCCACUGGCGGUCUCUCUCGUGUCGGAGGUUACGGCCACAAUCCCAGUGGCGACAUAUUCAUGGCAUUCAGCACGGCUAACGAGAUUCCUGUGCAGACUGUGGGUGCAAACCAUAGGUCUGUUGAUCCAUUCAAGGCCAAUCCCCUGCCCACGGAGUCGAUCGACGAUUCGACCAUCAAUGCUUUGUUUGAGGGUGCUGCCGAUGCUACUGAAGAAGCCAUCUACAACACUUUGUGUAUGGCUGAGAGCUUAACAGGGUUCAAGGGCUUCCACGUAGACUCUUUGCCUUUGGACAAGGUGAAGAGCAUAUUGGAGAAACAUAUGACGUUGGAGGCGGCAAUCAAGCAAGAGUUGUGA